AUGCCGAAGGUUUACGUUCCCAAAAAGCGACCCUACGACAAAAAGAACAUGGAACCAGCCCUAAAACUAAUAGAUAAUGGCACUUUAUCUCUUAGAAAUGCAGCUAGACAGUCUAAAAUUGACAAAUCUGCUCUUUCGAGAAGACGUACUCGGUCACUUGGUAAACAGGGAAGAAGAACUUCUCUAACCAAAGAGAUGGAAGUAGACUUAAGUGAUAAGGUAAACAUUACCCAGUUUAAGGAAGGAAAGCCCGGGAAAGAUUGGUUUGAAAAUUUUUGUAAGCGCAAUAGACUAAGUCAAAAAAACGCAAAAACGCAAGUUUACUACGUGGCACAAAUCCUGUACUUCAUCGACAAAAGUGACAUAGAAAUGAAACUUUCCCAGCCAGAAAUAGAAAGUAAGACCUGUCGUAUCUCUCAGCAAUAUUGGUUUCCUAUCGACUUUGAAAAAUACGUCGUUCAAUAA